AUGUCUCUGUUGGGCGGUAUUAGUAGUGGAACUUUGGCAGCGAAAAAUGGGGCCUGUUUCAUCCUAAAUCAAGUCCGUACAGCUACGAAGAAGGCAGCGGGAUCUAGAACGUCUAUGAAGGACUCAGCAGGUCGUCGGCUGGGUCCUAAGAAGUACGAAGGCCAAUCGGUACAGGUUGGUGAGAUUAUCAUGAGGCAGCGAGGCACGAAGUUUUAUCCUGGAGAAAACGUCGGGAUUGGUAAGGAUCAUACUAUUUAUGCGCUGGAACCCGGUGUGGUACGGUAUUACCUGGAUCCGUUCCACCCGAGGAGAAAGUUCAUUGGAGUGUCACUGAGUCGUGAUAUAAAGUUGCCUUUGCCUCACUUCCAACCUAGGGUGAGAAGAUUUGGUCGCGAGGCGAUUACGGAUGUGAAAGAAGCAGAAGAGGAGGAACAAUUCCUGCCAAGGAAGAAGGCUUUGGUGAAAGAUGAGAUUUUGCAAAAACUGACGGAACGUGAAAGGAGUAGGGAGAAUAUGCAGAAGGAAUUUGCCAAGAUCCUGACCGAAAAGCUUAAAGUCGAGUUGCAGAACAUGGAACUCGGAACCAAAUAUCUGAUUCGCCUCAGAUCAUGCCUGAGGAAUGGUUUCGAGUUGCACGAUGCCCAGUUCAACGCCAGAUACUUUUUGGAAUACGAGACGACCCUAGACGCUCGGAGAGAGGGCUGGGAAGAAGCAAAACUCGCUGAAGAGCUUAAGGCAAUCGCAGAGACUGCCGAGAUCUUGGACAAAUCUACCGAAUUUAACAACAAGCUGUGUCUCAUCGGAUACAUUUCAGCAGAGGAGAAACUUGCCUUAAAACAAAAACUGCUAGAAGACUUAAAGGAGAGAUCCAAGUCGAUCACCUCCAAGAAGGACAGAGAGGAGCUCAAAAAAUUGUUCAACAAUGCUGCUGAUUUCUUGACCUUAUCUGAGGAAGUCCACCUGCGUAGGAAAUUUUUGAAACCCGUUCUGCCAGAAGAUGCUACGACGGUCGCUGACAAGGCCACCAAGAAAACGAUUACGCUCAGACGAUUCAACUACGCCAAGGGCAAGAUCGACAUAGUCACAAGGGAGAAAGAAGCAUUCUUGAAUAAACUUUAA